AUGGUUUCUUGCCUGCACUGCUGAAACAACAGCAGCUGAACUGCACUGGGAACUGUGGAGCCACCCAGCUCAGCAGACAGAGCCGCGGAGGGAGAGAGUCAGCCAAACAACUCAGCCGCCUUAGCCAGCCUGCCUUCUCUCUCGCUGCAGGCUGGCCCUUUCACAACCUUGCUGGGAACAUGGGAGCCUAUUUGCCCUUGCUGGCAGGUAGGAUGACUAUCUGGGAUCUCAUCAAAACAAGGCUGGCUUUCUUUCUGAUUCUAGGGUUUCUGGAAAUCUUGUGAGCCAAGGUCCCUCUUGCAACUCCCAUUUUACGGAUUAUUAUUAUUAUUAUUAUUGUCAUUAUUUUUAGGGAGAGGUUUUGGUUAAGUAUUACUGUUUUGCUUUUCCCCUUCCCCCUCCCCAUUACCCACCACCGUCAACUUUCUGUGACUUGUUUUAACUUGAGAUUGGAAGUGGAUUUUUUUGCCCCCAAGAGUAUAUCUCUUGGCACUUUUCAUUGAUAUUUCUGUUCUUUCCCUGAUUGGGAUUUGAUAUGAACUGGACUCAGUGUAGCUGUAAAUUCUGAUUGCUUUGCAAAUGGGUAUUCCUUCACAAGAACUGGGUCUCAGACUCUCACUAAGAAUAUAUUGGAGAAAACAGGAGAUUCUUUUAAAUGUGUGGAACCCUUUUCCUUACUCUCUACUAAGCUGAUGCAAAGGGUUGGGCUAUAAUUCCAUUGGAUUACAUCUUUUAAAACUAAAUAAAAGACAAUGGCUCUGAGUGGAAAUUGCAGGAGUUACCAUCUUUCAAAAGAACAAGGGACAGUUCCCAACUCCUUCCCUGAGGUUGUGGAACUAAAUGUUGGGGGCCAAGUUUAUUUCACUCGCCAUUCCACCUUAGUAAGUAUCCCUCACUCUCUUCUGUGGAAAAUGUUUUCCCCCAAGAGAGACAGUGCUAAUGAACUAGCCAAGGACUCCAAAGGAAGAUUCUUCAUUGACAGAGAUGGAUUCUUGUUCCGCUACAUACUGGACUAUCUCAGGGACAGGCAGGUAGUUCUGCCUGAUCACUUUCCAGAAAGGGGCAGACUGAAAAGGGAAGCUGAGUAUUUCCAGCUGCCAGAUUUGGUCAAACUCUUGACACCUGAUGAGAUCAAGCAAAGCCCAGAUGAAUACUGCCACAGUGAUUUUGAGGAUAUGUCCCAAGGGAGUGACACAAGAAUAUGUCCACCUUCAUCCCUACUUCCUGCUGACCGUAAGUGGGGCUUCAUAACUGUUGGCUAUCGAGGGUCAUGCACCAUGGGCCGAGAGGGUCAAGCAGAUGCCAAGUUUCGGAGAGUUCCACGUAUUUUGGUUUGUGGAAGAAUUUCCCUAGCAAAAGAGGUCUUUGGAGAAACUUUAAAUGAGAGCAGAGAUCCAGACCGUGCUCCAGAGAGAUACACUUCCAGAUUUUAUCUCAAAUUCAAACAUCUGGAAAGGGCUUUUGAUAUGUUGUCAGAGUGUGGAUUCCACAUGGUGGCCUGUAAUUCCUCAGUGACAGCUUCUUUUGUCAAUCAGUACACAGAUGACAAGAUCUGGUCCAGCUACACUGAAUAUGUCUUCUACCGUGAACCUUCCAGGUGGUCUUCCUCGCACUGUGACUGCUGUUGCAAAAAUGGCAAGGGUGAUAAGGAAGGAGAGAGUGGCACCUCAUGCAAUGAACUCUCCACCUCUAGCUGUGACAGCCAGUCAGAAGCCAGCUCCCCACAGGAGACUGUCAUCUGCGGGCCGGUGACCCGCCAGCCUAACAUCCAGACUCUGGACAGGCCCAUCAAGAAGGGCCCCGUGCAGCUGAUCCAGCAGUCAGAGAUGCGUCGGAAAAGCGACUUGCUUCGGACUCUGACCACUGGUUCCAGGGAAUCUAACUCGGGCAAAAAAAAAGCUGUGAAGGAAAAGCUCUCCAUUGAGGAAGAGCUAGAAAAAUGCAUCCAGGAUUUUCUCAAGAUCAAAAUUCCAGAUAGGUUCCCAGAAAGGAAACACCCUUGGCAAUCUGAACUGUUAAGAAAGUACCAUCUAUAGGAGAAGCCUGGGGGAUGGGGAAAAACACACACUUUAUCAUUUCCAAAUAAACAUCACACACAAGAAUAUUCAUAUUUUAAAGGAAAAAAAUAGAAUGUGUUAGGCCACAACAGUUCAUUGAUCUUGUACUGCCUAAUUUGCCUAGUUCACCUUCUCAUGUAAAGUCACAGGGUAAUUGAUUUUUUUUUCCAGAUGUGGAAGCACAAUGAAAAUGCUAUUUGUUUGUGAGCUUUAGAACACGCACUGAAAAUGUUACACAUGAGACAUGAUUACAGCAGCAGCUAAGAGAACCUGGAGUUUAUCUAUUCCAAGCCAAGGGUUCCUUGUUUUUUCCCCCAGUGGACAGAGCCACUGAAUGGGAAGAUGAAGGACAAGGGGUUUGCCUGAUGACGUAUUUGAAAUUUUUAAUUUUGCUCUUAACUUUGUUUAUGGGGAAAAGGAAGGGGCUUUUUGGACUUUUUACUUAAAUCUUUGCUAUCCAGUUUAUACUGGCUAUGUUGUUUGUACGUGUUUAUUUGUAUGUGUGUGUGUAGGUAUAUACACACAUAUAUACAUGCUUCAUAGAAUUCAAGGUCAGGGAAUGUCUGUGAGAUCAGUUAAUCUAAUCCCCUACUCCUGUCAGGACCUUUCACUCUAUAGCAGUGAAAAUCUAUCCAAUUUUUAAAUGCUUUUCAAAGAAAGAUAUUUCAUAUUCUUUCUUGGUAUACCAUUUUAAUGGUGAAUGAACCUGAUCAGUAAUUAAUCCUUCUUUAUUUACCAACGAAUUCCCACCUCAACCCUGGGAUGAAACUAUUUUCUAUGUUGGGGGAUGGAGGGAGGAGAGCUGGUGACCAUUAUUUGUGUAAGAGCCUUUCAUACACUUGAAGACUAUUAUUAAAUACCCCUAACCUCUUUGAUAGGAGAAUAUAGACUUAAUUUUCCCAACCUUCAGACAUCUUUGUGGCCUUCAUACUAAACUUACUCUCAGAUUUCCAAAUCCCUCUUUAGGGGUGGGACCAAGACCUGAGUAUGGCACUCCCCUCAGAAGGUCUUCACCACUGCUGAUUAUAAUAGAGGAAUUGAAGCUAAGUGUUCCUAUAUGCUUUAUUUUUCCUGAAUCCUAGUAACACAAUUACAUGUUUUUUGGUUUUUUUUUUUUACUACAGUGCUACAUUGCUGACAAUUAACGUCACUUUGGUGUCUUUUGUUUACCCUUGAACUGUGAUGCUUUGACUAUGCCUGCACUGCAUAAAGGAGAGCCUUAGCAAGGGCCCUGUGAUGUUACCUAUGUAGAGAGCUAAACUAGGUAAUUGGGAUCCCUGAAUGGAUUUUGGUUCACUGUGCUGCAUAUCUGUAUUCCAUUAAGUGGAUUGCUGUCAGAGAUCAAGAUCACUGUGUUCUGUCUAGACACAGUUGAAAAGUAACUAUUGGUAGCUGUCCUUGUUAUCUGAUUUGCUGUGGAUGCCAUAUUACCUCUGACAAGUUUAGGAUUGUGGUGUUGAAUACUUUUUGCUCUUUCUCUUAUGCACAAUAUAUAGAUUUCAGUGGGAAUGGGAAAGGAUACAUCAUUGUCAAUCAUUAACUUGGACCAAGUGAAGAACUUAAAAAAAUGGAAAAAAAAUGCAUGUGUGUGUCAAGGAAGGAAUCUGGUUGUUAGCAGGACCAAAACACAAUGAUUAAUGUGUUAACUGUUUCUGUUUACACAUACAUCCAUCCCCAAAGCUAAUUGUUUAAGAGGUUCUGUUUCACUAGUAAAUGAAUGUCUGAAGUCCCACAGGACUUGCAUUUCACAACAGUCAUAAAUUGUCAAAAUUUUUAUGUGUUAGCAUCUCUAAUAAGGAUUAAAAGUUUUAUUUAAAGGCCCUGAGAACUGAGAUGUCAACAGAACCGUUCAUAGAUUUUCUGUGUUCUUCUCUACUAUAUAUACCAGUAGGUCAGUUAUAGGUAUAACCUAUUUUUAUUCAGUCUUUUCACUCAUUCUGUACAGAAUGACUGCUUUUUUCAAUGUCAAUGAACAUCAAAUUAAAACAUAAUCAUCUAAAUAACUGAGAAUUCAGGGAAGAAUCAGAUUUUGAUGAAUCAAAAAAGACUUCAAAUGGGAAAGACCAUCCUAAGGCCCACUGUGAUCAAAUAAUUCUUAAGGCCUCUCCAACAAUGCUGUCAAAUACUUCUGGGCCAAAAAUGUGCAUUGAUUCGAGCUCCCUUCCCCUCAUAUCCAAUUAAACUGUCAACAAAAUGCACUUUGAAGCCUCAAACAACUGGCAUGAGAUGGGGAGUUGGAAGGGCAGGCAACCCUUAACUUCUGCUGCAUGCUUUUAAACAGGAAAUUAAAUGUUGCAAUGUAACUUCAUAUAAAAUCACAGUUUCUUUUUAUCCUGUUUACCUAAUCAGUUGGCAAUAAUAUCUGUCUGCUCACAUCUUCCUUUUAGCUCCAGUGGUAGGAAGGAAACCACUGGUUAGAAACACACACACACACACACACACACACACACACACACACACCAUAGACUUCAAUUCAAUAAACAUUUAUUAAGGCCAUACUAUGUGCAAGGUACUUGUGUAAGGUGAUUUUUUAGUUUUUUUCCCCCACCUCUACACAGUGCCCAUACUCCAAUGUGAAUUGUCCAAGGAAACAAAACUGUGUUUGAUUUUCAGUUGUAUAAGUACUGGUUUAUAGGUGAUCAUACCUCUGGGUAGGAUUGUUCUUUUGGGGUGCUAAACAUACAAUGAGCAACUAAGCAACCUAGGGUAGGGCCAUAUUGCUAGCUUCUUAUGGAAAAAGUCAAAUUAGGGAAAUGUCUAUAUGAUGUGUGAGUUUGGAAGGCUCUAUCUAUGCUCAUUGUAUUAUGUACAACCCCUUAUCUAGUUCUGAUUUUUUUUAAAAGAACUUUAAGUUUUUAAUGGAGAGAGUUGUAUAUCAAUAUAGUCAUUCUGAUCCUUUUCAUUUCUUGAUACCUAAAGUUCUGACAAAGACUAUACACUGAGCCAGUGAGAUAACUCUACUGGUGUCAUUCUGGGUAAACUGAUUGUGAUGAAAGGAGUGAAAAUAUGGCCAAAGCACUAAGUCAGUCAUGGAAUCAAAAGAUGUAGAGGUGGAAGGAGCCUCAGAAAUCAAGUAUUCCAAUGAUAUAAUUUUACAGGUAAUUAAACUGAGACCAGACUGGCUAAGUGACUUAUGCAAAGUCACAAAAGAAAUGACUAGUAGUAUUGAACGUUGAAACACAGUCCUUUGAAUUCAAACCCAAUGCCCAUUGUAAUAUAACAUCGACCCUUUCAUCAUACCCAGUAUACUGGAGUUUCAGGGAUGGGAGAAGGACUGUUUCCCAGAGGACCUAAACAAGGUAUUUGUUCCCAAAGACAAAUGAGAAAAAUAGUUUGCAUGUCUCCUAAUGUGUUACUAAUGUCUGCUCCUUUUACCAGCGAAAUGGAAGAUUGAAAAAAGUCUGUUGUGGGCCACUGCGGUGUUUGUAUUAUCAUAUAUGCAAGUCCCAAUAUUGUAUUUCUUUGGGCAGCCUUCCUGCAAAUAGCAGGAAGAAUAUUCCAAAAACACAAGGCCAUUUUAUUUUUUUUAAAGCUAAAUGUAAACACAACUUGUCUUACCUAAACUGGAAUAAGAGUGAAUUAAUUGAAAACCUUCAUAUACUGCUUAUCCCUUUUGAAACACAUUAUCUUCUAAGUCAUGUUUGCACAACAUUAAUCCAACCUGCCAAUUCAGGGAUAGAAAAUACAAACAAAAAAAUCAAAACAUUUUAACAUUUGUCAACAAAAUGAUAAACAGCUGAUUUAUUAACUUUCACUUUCAAUUGAAUACGUUUGUUUAAGAUGGAUGUUAGUUGAGGGUUCCCCGUGCUGAUCAUUCUUAUGUAUUGCUGUUCUUUCAGAAUCAUUUUUGCUUUCCUGAAUUUAGAGUUUAUGUCUGAGUUUCAUCCAUCUGUGUCAAAACAUCUGGCUCUGUAAGAUUAUAGAUGAGUAUACAGGAUGAUUUAUAAAAUUGCUAUUUACUAUCUCCCUAUCAUAGUAGUAAAACCUCAUUUUUAUAUUUGGAACUCAGAAUGUGAGAUUUAUUGAAAUGAUUCCAGCCUCCAAGCCUAGCCAGUAUCUAGCAUAGCUGUAGAACAUGAGAAAAUCUAGAACACUGUCAUUCUUUGUCACUGGGUUCCAUAGAUGUGGCUAAUAUAAAUUUCCAUGGUCUGUCAUUGCUAGGAAGUCAAAGGUUCUUUCCAUUGCCUGUGAAAUGUGAGAAUCCUUGGGCACUUCAACUGGAAACAGCAAAUCAUAGAGGAAAAAAUGAAGGAAGAGUUUUUUUUUUCUCCUCUUGGUGACUCUAUGGCAGAUAGAUGUUUUUGCCAAUUUGCAUGCUGGAUUAUAGGUUUAACAGGGACCGUUUCUCUCCUUUAAUAUCUCAGUAUUCUUGGCAUCUUGAAAUCUUGCUAAACCAGAGUUCCAAUUUAUUUAUUUUCUUUUAUAUUAUCCACAUGACACAGUUGAGAAAGAGAAUCAGACAGAGUGCUCUUUCUACCUAGUUGGAAUGGAGUUAGAUGUCAUUUGCACAGGACUGUACUAUGAUUAAUAUCUGCAAAAAAAAUUAGACCAAAUGAAAUCUGCUGGAAUGGGUUUGAUUUAUAUUGCCUUCAUCAUCCUAGUUUUAGAUAAAAUGGUUAUUGCUCUCCACCCCUGCUGAAAGAAAAGAAUCUUAAACUUUAAUAAUCAGAGCCUUGUGAUGCGACAAGAGAGCUCAUUUGUUUGAAAUAUCUGUUUUCUCAUCCUGCCAAUUGAAAUGGGGACUUUUAUUUCCACUGUGGCCUUCCUAGAAAGCUAUAUACACAGCAUAGAAAGUUCAGAAUAUUCCUCUUUGAAGCAUUCUAAGUGAUUCAAGGAAUCAACUUGGAAUCAGAAUAUUCUUUAUUUCUUAAUGAAAUGAGCUUGAGAAAAGCAUCUCAAGUAUGGAAAGAUGGUGGGUAGACUUUUCUUUUCUAUUUGUCUUAUUGCAAUUUAGUCAUUGUUUAGUAUUGAAGGCUCUUUCAGACACCCCUUUUCUGUAUAAAGAUAGGGGAAUAUUAGUUUAAAAUGCACUGGGUCAUCUGUGGGUGGAUGGGUGAACAUCUCUAAGUGAGAUAGAGCCUAAUGAUACCCAAUUAGAAAUAAAGUUAUGACUUUUCCAAAUGACAAUGGCAUAUUUCUUUUUUGCCUCCUCAGGCCUCUGCUCACCCUGGUUCAAAGGAACAUGAAUGUGCCUUUGACAUUUAAUUAUUGUGUUGUGUGGAGUCAAGGUGAUUCCAUCAAAAAAAAAAAGUAGAACAAAAUGAAAAACCACCAUACUGACAGUGGAAUGGUCUAUGAUAUAGUAGGAACUAAGUCAUGUUAAAUCAAUAACAUUCUGGGCCAAUGAACUUCUGAUGGGCAGCCAAUUAGACCCAAGCAGACCUAUGAGGCUUUGAGAUGACUGAAGACCUCAAUCAAUAAAAUAAAUCCAAGGCUUCAGGAAAACACCAGUGGAAAAGCCAAAGAAUAAAUGGAUAAACUAGGAAUAAGGAAUAUAUUAAACAUGUUAGUAGGGAAAGCCUAUACUGAAACACACAAAGGGAUGGAAAUUGUCAAUCACCCAGAUAUUUACUUGAAUGGAGGUGGCCAAGGUAAGAGCUUACUAUUAUGACCAAGAAAUAUUUGCUUAAGUCAUAUCUGUGCCACAUAGAGUGAAGUGGAGGAUUGAGGAUUAUCUGGUGAAUUUGGGCACUCCAUCAAGAUGAAUUGACUAGGAAAUUCACCUAUGUCUACACUUUUCCUCCCUUGAAUUCCCUACACUGCCUCAGUUCUCUGGCCAAUUGCAAAAUCUCAACUUCUCUGGGCUACUUUAAUCUGGCUAUCGGCAGCUCCUAAAGGUCUGGUUGAGAUUUGAUUUGUUUAUUGGUUAAAGGAUUUCACACUCCCAGGCUAUCAGCCUUGUUUCAUUUAGUAAUCCACUCUCAUAAAAAUGAGGAGGGAAAAAGAAAAAUAUGACCUGAACUAGUGACUAUCAAGAUUGUCCCAGAGGGGUGAUUUUCCUGUUAAUCAAUCUGACAUAAACACUCCUAAUUCCAGCCAGAGGAUUUAGUAACUCUGCUGUCUUCAGCUACCUCCUCUGUCUUGUCAGUUUAAUAUUCCAGCUGACCUUUUGCUAAUUUACAUGCUUAUAUGCCUUAUAAAUCAACAGAUUUCCAGGUUCUUUCCCUGUUCGUAGCAGCCCUAUCAAAAAUGAAUUAGGAGUCAGUACAAAGAAAAGUAAUUGAAAGCAGUUGUUUCUAGACACCAGAUGAGAGAGUUGGUGUGCACCUGGAGCUAGAUUCAUCUUGUGUACUAUUGAUAGGCAUCUAUUAUAGAUAUGAGCUAAUGGUCACAGUGGGGAAAGCACCAAUGAAAGAAUCAACAUUCUAUUAUGAAAGAUAAGUAUUAGCUAGAUUAAAAAAGCUCUGAUGUCCUAAUUAUGGAUAUAAGCACUUGACUGAGUUGGAUCCCUGGUAUAAAAUGCGAAAUGUGUGAAAUUCGAAUAUACGUGUGGAAUAUUCAAACACAUUCUCUGUCUAAUCGUGGGCCUAAAGGUCAAUCAAAUUAGCAUUGUGUGCUUUGAAAAAUAAUUACAAAGGUGAUAAAGUCACUAUUUAUUCAUUUAUGAAUUGGUUUUUGCUGGUUUGUUAAUCAUAGCAGAUCAAACAUUGACCAAUGUCCAUUCACACAGACUCCAACAAGAAAAUUCCUUUUUCACUGGUUGCAGUAGCACAUACCUGUAAUCCUUGCUUACUGGUAAGGCAAAGGCUCAGGGAUUACUUGAGCUCAGGCUUUGUGAGCUUUAGUGGGGCUAAAAUUUAGUGAGUGUCUGCAUUAAGUCUGGCACUAAUAUCUUGAGCCCCUGAGAUUGGGAACCAGACUGCCUAAGGAGGGGCAAACCAACUUGGAUUACAUCUAGAGCAAGUCAAAGUUCACAUACCGAUCAGUAGUGGGAUUUGACCCGUGAGUGGCCAGUGUAUUUCCAGCCUAGGCUAUAUAGAGUGACUCUUUCUCCAAAUAAAUAAAUAAAUAAAUCCUUUUUUUCUAUUCUGUGUGGAUGUCUGUGUGUUUGUGUAUGUAGGUGUGUCUGUGUACAGUUGUGAAUUGCCACUAAUUAUCCAAGGCAUAGUUUCUGUACCUGUCAUAGGGAGAAUUCUGGGUGAAGAUGCAGAAGUAAUAUGGAUACUAGGGGGUAAGAGAAUUGUAUUUCAUUCAAGUGGCCAACAUCAUAACAGGGGCACAAAAGUGAAAUAUUUUUUUGACAAGAAAUACUUAGGAAGCCCUUUCAUUUCACAUGACCCUUUCAAAAAUAUUUUUCAGGCUAAAGAAGAUUCAGCAGCAAAGUGCUUUCAAAAGCUCAGUGGAAUAAGGAAGAAAUGCAUGAAAGAGAAAAAGAAAAACAAAGGGCAGAGAAUUGAGAUUUCAUAGCUAGCUCUCAAAUGGAGUUGCUUUAGGUUGAACUUCACUGUUAUAAAGAUGCCGCUAUUGUUUUUUCUUUCUUUCUUUUUUUAACAAUUGUUUCCUUCAUCCAACAAACAAUAGACAUAUUUUGCUUUUGUUUCAAAAUGAGGCUAUUUCAAUGUUAUAAUAGGUCUGGGCUGCCCAACCUCAAUCUGUGUACAACUUGAAUUGACAAUAACUCAUGUUUACCUAUUACAUGUAUUUCCUAAAAAUACUUUUACAUAAUCUCAUUUAACAACAAACUUGUGACAUAAUGAAUUGCUAAACUUAUUAUCCCGAUUUUUAGGUAAGAAACUGACUGCCUAGAAAGAUUUAAUAAUUUAUUUGAAUAUUUACAUAGAAGCAAAAAUGGAGCAAGGCGUAGAACUAUGAUUACCUGCCUCUCAAUCAAUUCUUUCUUUUCCGUGCUGCACUGGGUGCUAUGAAGACCAGAGCAACUCCCAAGAAGAGGUUUACUUAUUGACUUUAAACCCUACCUCUAUUGUUUGUUUUACAAGUUAUCUAUUCAAAACUUAGGUACUUAGAUUCCAGCUCAAAAUUCUUCACUGUAUUAACAGAAUUUUUAAGCUAAAUAGCUUCCUUCUUAUACCUCUGUUAUCCAAUGGGGAAAGAAAAAAAAAGGACAGAUGAAAGAAUAAAUUGACAAGCUUCAUAUCUUUCCCUUCCUUUUUUCUUCCUUCCCUCCCUUCUUCUCUUCCUUCCUGCAAUAACAACUCAUAAAUACUCGUUACUAUCUUCACCUGGUAUUUCAAUAUUAUGUUUUUUUCCUGCAAAACACAGAUGCAGCCUCAAAAGAAAUACAGUUUUUAAAAUAUAGGCAUACCCUACAUCAACACUGCCCUAAAAAAUGCCUGCUCACAAUAAUACCAUGAUAACUAAAACUAUGAUAACCUUGUAAAAUCCUGCUAUAACAUUAUUCAGCAAGUCUGAGCAAGCCUUUGAGCCCCAUUGGCAUAAACUCUUCUGGGCAUCAAUCUAUUGUUGCCUCAACACUGCUUGUUAUGUGUGAACAGACAGUGUUCUUAGGGAAUUAAGUACCCCCUUCCUCAACAACAUUGCUUCAUCAAACUUUAUGUAUUUUGAGGAGCCAAACAAUGAUUUCAGUAAUUCCUAUAUAAUUUUCUUUUGAAAAAAAAAACUGAAUCUGCAUGGUGAUGUUUCCAACCCAACCCAACAAGAUUUAUUAAAUGCCUUUUAUAUGCAAGAUACUGUUUUGGGUGUUGUGAGUGCAAAGGAAGAAAAUAAAAGCCUUAUGGAGUUUAUGUUUGUGGGGGCACAGGGAGGGAAGGGAUACACGUAAAUAGAUAAAUAGAUACAUUAUAAUCUGAGGAGAGGAAAAGAAGUAACAAUCAAGAGGAUUAGGAAAAACCCCCUUUAAAAGAUGGUGCACAAAGCAAACACAUGGCCUGAAGCUGGUUGGAGGCUUGAGGAGGGGGUCACAUGUUUUCCACCACCAGUGCACACUUUUGUUUUUAUAAUAUUUAUGAGUAUAAACCUAAUAGUGAUUAAAGAAGAACCCAAAGUGUUAUAAGAGCCAGGUAAAAGAGCUACUUGUGUUUACUUUGUAGUACUCAUUUACAAGGAUGGUGGUGACUGCAGAAGACCCCAUUUAAUUGGGACAAUAUUAAAUUGUGAAAGUGAUCUUAAAAUUUUGUUCAGGAGUAUACAUUGGUUACUAUAUUCUCCCUGAUGCUACCCCAACUAGUCAUUGGGUGACUUUUCAUUGUCAUUUUAUCUUUAUUUCCCACAGCUGUCAACACUUUGGGUGAUUUAUGUGGAUAUAGAAAUUUUCAUCUUUAUGAUUUUAAAAUAGUAGAUAUAAGACUUGCAUUAGAGUUGGAAAGGCCUUAGUUCAAGUUCUGUCUCUAACGCUUACUAGUCAUGGAACCCUAUCAAGUCAUUUAGCACCCCAGUAACCCAGGCAGCUCUCUAAGACUGAAAGUAAUAGAUAAGAUGGUAGAAGGAAUUUUCACACUGAGAAAGCCUUACACUAAUGAUUAAAUCACAGGUCCUUAUUUCCUAUCCCCUUUGUCCACUCAAGAAUUGCUAUUGUAAAGAAACUCAUAAUUGUAAAUAAAUAAAUAUACAUUAUAUGUGCAUAUAUGCAUGUACACAUAUACAUAUACAUAUAGAAGCACAAGGGCGCCUUAUAAUAACAACUCAGAAACACUUUAUUUGACCCCUAAGAAUAUCCCUGUCUACAAAAUACCAAAAGAGCUGGCCAAAGCAGCUAAGAAUUCAGUUAAUUUCCAAAAAUACUUGGUUGUUUUUGACAAAACAACCAGUUUAUUUUUACUUUUUGACCACUUAUCUUGUCAUGAUGGCGAUAUAUAUGGUUUCACCAGUGCACUUUGCUUGACGUACCAUUGGAGUGUGAGAAGCUUAAUUUAUAAGGAAACCCUAUGCAAACAAAGUGUCCUCUUUCAGGUAUUCCUUGAGGUGAAUUUAAAUACAAGCCCACACAGAGAACCUCAGACAAGCACAAAGUUCAGCUGACUGCCUUUUCAUGGGCUUGUACCUUCCGUAUUAUUAUCAGGUUGUACCAUGAACCAGAAAGAAAAAAAAAUUACAAAUGGUUAUAGCUAUUGCAAGUCUCCCCCAUCCCUGCCCCAGCCCCUCUGGGGGAAAAUUGACCUUAGAAUUAUAGGAUAACUGGUUUUUGUAACCACAAAAUGUUCUAAUCAAAGUGAAGGACAUUUUGGGGAAACAGUUUUUGAUUUUUCAAAAAUUUGGCACCAAAUAUAAACUUCUCACUUCCCUUCAAUUGUCUCAUAACCCAUUUUCUCUAUUCAUCUUUCCCUCCCCCCCAAGGAAAAAAAAUAGAUUCAGGUAGGUUCUUCUUAGAGGAUAAUUGAGCUAAGGAAAACACACACACACACACAAAAGAAAAAAAUAACUCAGAGUUGUUAUCUUAUCCCCAGGAAAUCAUCCUUCAAUACUUCACAUAAAUGAGUAUUUUUUUUUAUGCCUGUUUAGUUUAAGUGCAUAUAGAAUCAGAGUAGAUGAAUGACAAGAGCCUAUAUUGCAUUAUUUAUUCAUUAAAAUGGCAAAUUUGUCAUCAUUCUCCUAAAAAAAUAACUUGAAGGUGACUCAUUUCCAAAGACCCCAUUUUAAAGCCCAUGCCACUUAGUGGAGCCUACUUUAAAUAGGUCACCUGGAAUUACUUUGAUGCUGCUGAUUGGCCUCUGUUUUGUUUUUAUAAUAGUUUGGUUUUCAGGGGCCACAAAUCUCAAUGCUUGAUGGAAUAAUUCAAAAGUCAGAAAACAAAACAAAAUAAGAGUUCUAUGAAGUUUGAGCUUUUGUUCUUGGUCAAAUGGCUUUCCCUCUACCGUGCCAUAAUCAACAAAGCACUUGGAUUACUUUUUUUUCAGUUUUAACAUAACUUUUCCAUGAUGGUCUUUAAAGAUCAUCAUCAUUUCCAUUGACUCCCCUUUACUUCUCACCCCCAAGAGAACCUUCUGUGUAAUGAAUACAAUUAGGCAGAAGGAAGCAACACAUUUUCAAUGUCUGACAACCCAUAUACCUCAUUCCUCACCAUUAGUCCGCCACCUCUAUGCUGAGAGGAAAUGCAUUCUUUCUCCAGUCAUUGUAGUUUGCUUAAUAAACAUGAAUAUAUAUGUAUAUAUACAUAUAUACUUAUGUGCGACAUACAUCAACUCAUGUUCAAAUAUAAUACACACAAGUAAUAGUUCCUAAUCUAUUUUUAAAGACAAAGACCCUAUUAAUUAAAUAAUCUAGAGAUACCCCGAUGCAGUUUGCCCAGGAUUAAUGAACCUAUUGUCUAUCAGUCACUGAUUCUUAGGCUGUUGUGCUAUUUUCACCAUUGGCACAAGAUUCUGAAUUUCAUUGAUAGUUUCAUUGAGUGGUGAUCUCCAGGGAGGCCUUGCUCAUGUUACUUUCUCUGACCUCAUUCAAGCACUGGAUGACUUAGCCAAGGCUGGGUCAAAUUGUUGCACAUUGAUAUAUACCAAGUGACACCCACUGAAUUACCUCUUCUCCUUUCCCAGUGUUGCUCAGUUGUACAUAAGUGUAAUGUCAAAUUGUUUACAGGUUCUCUUGUGUGUAGUUGUGGAGGCAUUUCUAAUGCAAACCAUCAAAGGAAUCGGUUUUCCUGGAAGGCAUUAAAAUCAGAUGUGCUUAUUGCAGUAUAGAUAUCAACAAUUAUGGACUCACACAAAUGCAUGUCUUCAUGUUGUCAGUCCUCAGAAGUGGAGCGGUCAUUUGGCAAUUGUCUUCAGUCUGUGAAUAACAAAUAUACACAACUGCUGUGACUCUAAUUACUCAGUAACUGUUUUCACUGUGGUAUGUAACACUGUAGUUUUUAGCCUGAUGUACAUUUCCUUCCUUCCUAUUUUUUCCUGAGAGAAAAGUGUGAUAAAAAAAUAAUAAUGCCCUUUAUCCCAAUGGAAUUGCACAAGGGGUGGGUGAUCAUUUGUCCAACUAGAAAGCAGCCUGCCUUUUACUGAACUGGUGGCUCUAGGCGGUAUAUAAAUAUAUACAUAAUUAUGUAUAUAAUAUCUACAAUUCCAGUUAUUACCAUUCCAUCCCACCCUCACUUCCAAUGGAAAAAAAAACCUACUACUUUGUUUAGAAUUGCUGAUAGAUCAUGAGGAGACUCAUUUGCUAUUAUUAACAACUUCCAUAUCCUGUUUAGUUAUUAUAGUAUGGUAAAUGAUACAGAUAUGGUAUCAGUAUUGUGAAAUUGUGUGGUUGAAACUACAAAAUGCAUUUGUGGAUAUAUUCUAAAGGACAGACCAGAAACUGUCUCUUCUAACUGAAAUAUAUUACAGAAUAUCUUGUGAAUAUAAUUACAGAAAUUGGUAACUAUUUUUGUGUCCUUCCAUUUACAAUUCCAUUUCAUAUACAUUGUAAUUUACCACUAAUCAUAAUAAAUCAUUUGGUAACAUUCA